CGGCCGCCGUGCCUGCGUCUUUGCGGUUAGUGCGCGAGCGCUGGGCGGAGCGGCGGCGGGCUGGCUGGCUGGCAUUGAGCUGGUGCGGAGAGUGUUUCCUGCCCCGUUUCUCCCGGAGACGCUCACCCGCCGCGCUCGCGCCCCGGACCCGACCGGCGUGAGGACAUGUCCGAGAAGGAGCCCAAGCAACACUCGACCACGGAGCGGACGGUGAAAUCUGUACCUUUCCCUCCGAGCCAUCGACUGACUCUCAAGGAGGUUUUUGACCAUGAUGGGAAACCCAGGGUUGAUGUACUCAAGGCUCACCUUACUAAAGAAGGCCGGGUAGAGGAGACCGUUGCGAUGCGGAUUAUAACAGAAGGAGCUUCCAUUCUCCGGCAAGAGAAGACUAUGCUCGACAUUGAAGCACCAGUCACAGUUUGUGGUGAUAUCCAUGGUCAAUUCUUUGAUCUGAUGAAGCUGUUUGAAGUUGGUGGGUCCCCCGCGUCUACUCGCUACCUCUUCCUUGGUGACUACGUGGACAGAGGUUACUUCAGCAUUGAAUGUGUUUUGUACCUCUGGGCUUUGAAAAUCUUGUAUCCAAAAACCUUGUUUUUACUUCGUGGGAAUCAUGAAUGCCGGCACUUGACAGAGUAUUUCACCUUUAAGCAGGAAUGUAAAAUUAAAUAUUCAGAACGAAUAUAUGAUGCCUGUAUGGACGCUUUUGAUUGCUUGCCGUUGGCUGCAUUAAUGAACCAGCAGUUUCUGUGUGUACAUGGUGGGCUCUCUCCUGAGGUUAAUACCUUAGAAGACAUCAAGAAAUUAGAUAGAUUCAAAGAACCCCCUGCUUAUGGACCCAUGUGUGACUUAUUGUGGUCUGACCCACUAGAAGACUUUGGCAAUGAAAAGUCUCAGGAACAUUUUACUCAUAACACAGUCCGAGGCUGUUCUUACUUUUACAGUUACCCUGCAGUGUGCGAAUUCCUACAGCACAAUAAUUUAUUAUCAGUAAUCCGAGCUCAUGAGGCACAGGAUGCCGGGUACCGAAUGUACAGAAAGAGCCAAACAACAGGUUUCCCCUCACUAAUUACCAUUUUUUCAGCUCCCAACUACUUGGAUGUCUACAAUAACAAAGCUGCAGUUUUGAAAUAUGAGAACAAUGUUAUGAAUAUCAGGCAGUUCAACUGUUCCCCACAUCCCUACUGGUUGCCCAACUUCAUGGAUGUCUUCACCUGGUCCUUGCCAUUUGUUGGGGAGAAAGUGACUGAGAUGUUGGUGAAUGUGCUCAAUAUCUGUUCUGAUGAUGAACUCAUUUCAGAAGGAGACGAUGGUUUUGAUGGUGCGUCUGCUGCUGCCCGUAAAGAGGUGAUUAGGAACAAGAUUCGAGCAAUUGGCAAGAUGGCGAAAAUGUUUUCUGUCCUCCGAGAGGAGAGUGAAAGUGUGCUGACACUAAAGGGCCUAACUCCUACAGGAAUGCUUCCCAGUGGAGUGCUGGCUGGAGGGAAACAAACCCUUCAAAGCGCGACUGUUGAGGCUAUUGAGGCUGAUGAAGCCAUCCGGGGAUUCUCACCACAGCAUAAGAUCAGCAGUUUUGCUGAAGCCAAGGGUUUGGAUCGAAUCAACGAAAGGAUGCCUCCGCGACGUGAUGGAAUCGCCACUGAUGGCAGCUUUAACUCCAUUAACAAGGCAGUCUCCUCAGAGACGAACGGCACUGAGAGUGGUAACAUUCAAUGAUCCCUUUGCAGUUUCCAGUUCCAAGGCAUGAUUGUAUCAUUGUCCCAAGCGGUUUGACACUCUUGCCUCUGAUUACUGCUGCAUGUUCUGGGGAGCCAGAUGUUGGUGACAGAUUCCAGUAACAGAGUGAUAGAAAUUGUAUUGUGAUUGUUGAAAGUUAAGUUACCUCAGAUGGGAUAUGCCUUUGAUGCUUCUAGACAAGCUGGUUAAAUAUUACACAUUAGAUGAAUCAAACUGUUUUCCUUUUGCAUUGAGGAAGACUUGCAGAUCUGUUUUGAAAAGGCCUUUACUAUUCUGGAUAUGGGAUCUCUGUCUAGCAGCUCUUUAAUCUUCUAGUGUCCGUUUACGAUUGCAGAAUUAAAAGUUUGACAUAUUUUAAAAAAACAAUUGAAAAUAUGAGGUUGUACAAACUAAAUAAUAGCUGAUUUGAGAUGUCGACUAUUUAUUAACAUUUUUGCUACUCUUAUGAGAGUUUGAAAGAAAUUAGGCAGUCUUAAAAUAAAAUGUAAAGUUGCAAAAUCAUUUAAAAAUGCCAAAAAUCAAAUUUGGUUUUGUACAGAAUCUGCUUACCUCAGGUUGAUUUAGUGUGCUUGGAUGCUACCAGUUUAUCUAUUUACUUAGCUUAUCCACUUGAUAGGAGAUAGCCUUUUCCAAAAUGAAACUGGAAAUUUAUUUAUAACCUUUAUCAUUCAUCAUGCUCUUCAAUUUCAUUUGCAUUGAGUUGGUUGUGGCUUGCUGGAAUUGUAUAUUAAUGAGUGACAUUCAUUUUUUAAGUUUUAUUUUAACUAUAUGAAGAACAAGACAUACCAUAUAAAUGCAGUGAAAAGCAUCUGUAGUCUGUAAAACUGUUCUAUGCAUGUUUUUUUUCCCAAUUAAUGGCUGUACUGUCCCUAUAUGGGACUGUAAUGUGCUUAGUGAUCUGACAUAUACUGGAAAUGUAAUGUAUACUUGCAUACUUUAUAUUCACUGUAUGAAAAUGCUUAAUGCCUUUUGAACUUUUGUAAUUAAAAAAUCUUGAAAUUAUUCAGAAAGGGAGUGGAACCUUUGAACAUUUUUCAGUACUGAUAAGUGCACAUGUAGACAUUUAGCAUGUUUAGCAAGCAUUGUGAAAAUUAAAAACUCAAUGUGUGGGUACAUGUAAAACUCUAGAUGCAUGAAGCUGUUUUAGUCCCGAUGGUGAAGUCCGACUACUUUAGUGCCACACAAAAAAGUUUCGUGUAUUUUCACCUUCUGCUGUAUUAUCAGUUACGGGUUUGAUCAAAUGGUUAAAAACUGGUCCAUAAUGGGUAACCCAUGAACUUUUUAAUGACUGUAAAUGUGCCCAAGUAAUUCACUACAACCUUGAAUGCCUUGCCUUUGUAAUUUGACCUCUGAAAUGUCAGCAAUUUAAGCAUGCACUUGUAACAAUGAGGAAGUAUUUUAUAUUACUAUUUCAAUAAAACAUGCAUGAACAUA